GACGGCUGAGGGCGGGGCUUGCUGGGAGAAGCCGGGCGGAUUGGGCGCUCGGGCCGGGGUCAAAGCCAGUGGGGCCGUCAGGGGUUUUCUCGCUCUGGAUUCUUCAAGCAAUCACUAUGUCAACCAACACAGAUGUUUCUCUUUCUUCAUAUGAUGAAGAUCAGGGAUCCAAACUUAUCCGAAAAGCUAAGGAGGCACCAUUUGUCCCCAUUGGAAUGGCAGGUUUUGCAGCAAUUGUUGCAUAUGGAUUAUACAAAUUGAAGAGCAGGGGAAAUACUAAAAUGUCCGUUCACCUGAUACACAUGCGCGUGGCAGCCCAAGGCUUUGUUGUGGGAGCAAUGACUCUGGGUAUGGGCUAUUCCAUGUAUCAGGAAUUCUGGGCAAAACCUAAACAUUAGAAGAAGAGCUGCUGUCUUUGUCUUGGUCUUGUUGGAGAAGCUUGCUAUAGUUAUUGAGGUUACCUAUCGAUGUCAAAAAUAAAUUAUUUGAGUGAGUUCAGACAAUAAUACAGUAUUUUGAAUAUUGGCUUUCUUUCUUGCAGCUUGAUUUGCCUGGUGACCAAAUUACUAGUGACUAGUUCACUAACUAGGUCAUUCAUGGGAGUCAAGUUAGCACAAAAAGAAACAUGUCACCUAAAUGCACUUGGUGAUGUUAAAAUGUCCCCCUUCUUAAACUGUUAAAUGAAAUUAGUUCUAAAGAGGACAGCAGGCCAACCCUGAAGUACUUCCAGUUUGCUGCAGAACAUCGCAUGCUUUGGGUGUCAUGUAGGAGUCCUGUUUACCCCAGUUAAUUUAACUUUUUUCUGCCUGUCUUGGGGACUGGUUGAGUACUUCAGUUUUGGGGACUGGUUGGCUCUUUUAGAACUCUUUUAAAAAGUGCAUGAAUAUAAUUUGUAAAGCUUUUCAAAAUUGAAAGUGUAUGUGUAUGUGUUUAAACCAAACCUAGAAAGCUUACAACAGAGCUGUAUAGUAGUAGUAUUUAUUUCAGAAUCAUGAUUGUAAACAUGAGAAAAACUUAAUUAUGGAUUCCCAUUUAGCCCUUUUGUAACUGCAAAAUUAUAUUUUUGCUGCUGUUAUAUUUGAGUAAUUUUUAAAUGUCACCUUGAAAUAGAAAUAAUAUAUUUUAAGCAUUAAUGCAUAGGUAAAUAAAGACCUUUUUAAAGUGUGUGCAUUAUGUUUAUUUUCUCAGUAAGAAUUAGAAAUGUUAAACUUAACGAAUUGCCUAUAAUGGGAGUGAUUAAUGAUUUAUGAGCAAUCUGGUUUGGCCAAACAUUGUGCACAAACUUUGAUAUACUACAGAAUAUUUCAUUACACUUGUCAAAUUCUCUUGUGUCAAAUUCUCAUUACACUUGUAAUUCUCUUGUGUAUUCUCUCUGAACUUACAUUCCAUGGUGAUAACAUGGUACAUGUAUUGUUAUUAAAAUAAGUGGACACAUCAAA